ACAAUAGACUUCAAGACUUCCCGUUUUCUAGAACAUUUCUUUUAAACCUGUUGGGGGACUCGGUCGUGAUCUAUACUUGGAAAAUAGUAUUGACACCCGUGCCCUAACAUAAUAUUAUCUUCACCUUUUUCGCUUUUCUCUUACAUCAAAUUUUUCGUUGUUUUGCCUCCAUCGCCCAGACACGUUCCUUUUCCAGUUGCUGUCCGGUUUUACAGGGGUCCUGCCUGCCUGAUAGUUCUUGGCCUUCGUUUGUGUCCAUACGCAUCACGAGCAGACCCUGCUCGUUUUGGGAUUGCAUCACAUUUAGUCCCAGCACAUCAUCGCGUCUUACGGUCUUUGCCUCCGGUGAUAGCCGCUCACUUUGCGCCUGAAUCUGGCCUGUUCGCUGCGCUAUUCCCUACUGACUAUAUAGUCUUGGGGACGCUCUUUCGCCUGUCAUCCUUGUGGACUCCUGUGUCUUUUUCUAACAAUCUUAAAACUCAAUUAUGACGGACCCGGUUGUGGAAUCUGCCUAUCAAAAGGGCAUCUUGCCCGAUGCCAAGGCUGUUGAGGAAGGUCCUCGUCGGACAGACGGUGUUUCUGGCUUGUAUGAAGGAAAUGUCUUCGAGGCUACUCCGGACGACCGUCGCCAGAUUGGUGUCAUCAGUGCCUCCUUUCUGAUCUUCAACCGUGUCAUUGGUACUGGUAUCUUCGCUACCCCGAGUACUAUCCUGUCUUUGUCGGGUAGUGUUGGUCUGUCUCUGAUCAUGUGGGUCAUUGGUACCUUGAUUGCUAUGGCUGGUACUGCUGUCUAUCUGGAAUGGGGUACUGCUAUCCCCAAGAACGGUGGAGAGAAGAACUACCUCGAAUAUGUCUUCAAGAAGCCCAAGUUCCUGAUGACGGCCAUGUACGCGGCCUAUGCCGUCCUGCUGGGUUGGGCGGCCAGUAACAGUGUCGUCUUUGGCGAGUAUAUCCUGAACGCGGCGGACAUCGAAGUGGAUCGUUGGAACCAGCGUGGUAUUGGUUUGGCCUGUAUCACCGCUGCCUUCCUCAUCCACUCCUUUGCUGUCAAGUGGGGUCUCAUGCUUCAGAACUUCCUGGGUGUGGUCAAGCUCGUCAUCAUCCUCUUCGUCAUCGUUGCGGGAUGGGUGGCUCUGGCUGGUCAUAUGAAGAUCGAUCCUCCUCACAACUUCACCAACGCCUUCGAGGGUACCACUGAUACUGGCUAUGGCAUUGUUAUGGCAUUGUACAAUGUCAUCUGGUCCUUCAUUGGAUACUCCAAUGCUAACUACGCCUUGAGCGAGACCAAGAACCCUACUCGUACCCUGAAGAUCGCUGCCCCCAUUGCCAUCAUCUCGGUCGGCAUCAUGUACAUGCUGUGCAACAUCGCAUACUUUGCCGCGGUCCCCAAGGAGCAGAUGCUGUCCUCUGGCCAGACUGUGGCCGCCGCCUUCUUCGGCAACAUGUUCGGUGCGCGCGCCGAAAAGGUGAUGUCGGUCUUCGUGGCCCUGUCUGCCUUCGGUAACGUUCUGUCGGUCAUCUUCUCGCAAGGACGAAUCGUCCAAGCCCUCGGUCGCGAAGGAGUUCUCCCUCUGUCGAAGAUCUGGGCCAGCAACCGGCCGUUCAACUCGCCCGCCGCUGGCCUCUUCGAGCACUGGGUCGUCUCCGUGAUCAUCAUGUUGGCCCCGCCUCCCGGCGAUGCCUACAACUUCCUCGUGAACCUCAUCUCGUACCCGCUGUCCAUCGUCAACGUUUUCGUGUCCGGUGGUCUCGUCUACAUCUACCUGACCAAGGAGAAGAACUUCCCCGACUGGGCCCCCGGUAUUCGGGCCACUCUCCCUGUCACCAUCUUCUUCUGCCUGUCCAACAUGUACCUGGUGGUGGCACCCUACGUGCCCCCCAGUGCCGGACAGAGUGUCUACAACAGCCUGCCUUACUACCUGCACUGUGUGGUGGCGCUGGGCAUCUUCGCCCUCGGUGCUAUCUACUAUCUGGUGUGGGCGGUGCUGAUGCCUCGCUUUGGUCGCUACAUCCUUGUCAAGGAGUCGGUGGUGGAUGCUGAUGGCUGGUCCAGAAGUGUCUUUACCAAGAUGCCGAUUGAGCAAGCCGAGGCGCUGAGGUAUCAGGAGGCGGGGGAGCAGCAACAGGAGCAGCAGCAUCAUCAUUUCUGAGGGCUUCCUUUAGUGAAUGAUGCGGCUGCAUGACUACUGCUGCUUCGUUUCGAUUAUGACGCAACGAUUCAACAUCAAUGCCAAUAUUAUGGCAUAAUUCAUAAUGUUUACAUAUAUCAUUUUGCAUGGGUGCGGAGUUCAUGUGCUUUCUUUGCUGGAGGGAAAGGGAAAAGGGAAUGAUUGAUUUAUUAGGGAGGGAAUGGGUUGUUUUUCUACUCAUAGACUUGUUGUCUUAUGAUGUCUUUUUUCGAGAUACCUCUUGUGUUUUAUUACUAGAUUU